GUGGAAAACCAAGAGGACAGGAGUUAUUAUCCAAAGGAGGAAGUUUCUGGACCGUAGUACAAUCAUGGGAACUUUUGGGUUCAUGGUGUUUGUUGCCUACAGGACUGAGAAUGUCUUUAUCUUCCUCUUGUUCCUAAAUGGAGUGCUGCUAUGAUAUGUUCCCUCCUAGUCUGCACCGGAAGACCAGCGACUUGUGUUCAGUAUUUUACGCCACUGUAAAGUGUUCUCACUUUGAAAUAAAAAAGGAGUUAGUAUGGCAACCCUGAAAUUCAAGUUUCCUUGGUGGAAACGGUGACUUAGGAUGUAUUAGCUCAGAAUAUAACAGACUGCGUCGAUAAGAAGUGGGCAACUUGGAGGUGAUGGUGGAUGCUCAGAAUUUUUGAGUUUUGGUGUGCCGUAACUUUUCAUUUCUCUGGUUAACACUUGCCAAAAAAGAAAUCCUGUAAACCUGAAUUUCUACAGAGACAUAAGAGCUUUUAAUAAUGUAUUUUUAAAAGUCUUUGCAAGGAUAUACAGGUUUAAAUGACAAUUCUAAUAAUAGAAAAAGCCAAUGAAUACAGUAGUCGUUUCCUUCUGAUGAGAAAUGGAAGCAGCUGAUGGCAUAGAGAGACUGGCUUGAGCUUAUCACAUCAGGAAUCCAAUUAAAAUGAGUUUUUGAAAAAUAAAUAUUGGUUCAAUAAUGUAAAUUUGUAAUUGCUAUGUUAUUCUAAUGGAAAUAAAAUUAACACGAUUUAAUGGACUGAGCGACCAUUAAUUUUCACUUGUUAACUUAUUGGGAGAUUUCUAAAUGCCAUUGUUUGCACAAUGCAGCCGUGUCUCUGUAUGAACUCCUUUAGGAAAUAAAUAGGACCAAGAAGUGCCUGCUUUAUUUAUUGAAGUAUAGUUGAUUUACAGUGUUGUGUUAAUUUCAAGUGUACAGCAAAGUGAUUCAGUCUUAUAUAUGUCUAUCCUUCUUCAGACUCUUUUCCCUUAUAGUUUAUUACAAAAUAUUGCAUACAGUUCCCUGUGCAAGACAGUAGGUCCUUGUUGCUUAUCUGUUUUAUAUAUUGUAAUGUGUAUCUGUUAAUCCCCGAUUCCUCAUUUAUCACUCCCUCCCCUUCCCCCUUUGGUAGGCACAGGUUUGUUGUCUAAGUCUGUGGGUCUAUUUUUGUUUUCUGUGUAAGUUCAUUUGUAUCGUGCUUUUAGACCACAUGCAUAAGUGAUAUCAUAUGAUAUUUGUCUUUCUCUGGCUUACUUCAGUUAGUCCGGUAACCUCUAGGUCUAUCAACGUUGCAAGCGAUGCUUGCUUUAAGACUUGAAGUCUGACUUUAUUCCCUCAUCUAUUUUCCCACCUUAUUUACCCCUCCCCCAGCCUCUGGUAAGCGCAGUUAAGUUCUUGAAAGUGGAAUGCCGCUUUUUCAAUCAACAAAGCUCAUGAAUAGUUCUAAUUAACUUUUGUCCUUGUCUCCUUUGAUGUAUUGACCUAUUUAAAAAAAAAAGAAUUCGCCCUGCCCCCUUCCCAGAUCCACAUCUGGUUUUACAGUCUGCCCAGAAAGGCUGCUGAUGCAGGGCCUGGGAGGUUUAGCAGCCUUUUGCAGACACGAAUGUCCCCUGCAGUGGUGGAUGGGACUAGUUCUUCCCCAGGAGGGCUGGGCAUCAUCUAUUGACCAUUGACAGGUUCCUGGGCCACGGAGCCUUCAAUCUUCAGGUGCCGUGGUUUCUGGAAACAGUUGGAAGUUGCCAUAGUAAACCUACCUUGCAGAAGUUUGGUUUCUAAUUUUACCAAAUUCCAGAUUUUAAAACAAAGAUCCAAGAGAACUUGUCCAGUUCAUGUGUGUGCUGCCUUAGUGCACCUAACAGGUGCCAAAACCUGUUUCCAGUAGCAGGAACACACCAGUGAACGAGGCAGAUGCCUUAUUCUGCCCUAUUGUAGCCUCUGGUCCACUGGCUGCUGAACACUGGUCCUUUGGAGUUGUAAGAAUCAUGUGUGUGUUCACUCUGCUUAACUUGUAAAUACUGUUUUCUUAAUGCCAGAGAACCAAAUUCCCCAAGCCCUGCAGUUUAUUGAGUCCUGAUGAGAGAGAGAGAGUGUGUGUAACGUUACUCUUUGUUUUGACUUAAUUAACAGUUUUAGAAAUAACAAAUCUAGAGCACAAGUCACACUAUCCAUUGUGAUUAUCUGAGGCCUCUGCUGUAAACAGCAGCCUGCCACCGUGGCACACUGCUGCAGGGUGUUUUGACAGAGAGACUCGGCUUAAAAUGAAAACACAGUAGAAGCCUAUUAAUUAAGAAGUUUGUCUAAUUCUGGACUAGGCUGAAGUUUGUUUAGCAGGCCUUUUCUCCCCAUAAAUGCUGUCAAGAAAAAUUAGUCAUGAACAAACUUUUGGGAGUCAUUUUGGAGGCAGGAGUCAACAGACCUGGGUCCCUGGAUGGCCGGCUGCAGGUGUCCCACCGGAAGGGGCUCCCUCAUGUCAUCUACUGCCGCCUGUGGCGGUGGCCCGACCUGCACAGCCACCACGAGCUGCGCGCCAUGGAGCUGUGUGAGUUCGCCUUCAACAUGAAGAAGGACGAGGUCUGCGUGAAUCCCUACCACUAUCAGAGGGUAGAGACCCCAGUUCUACCUCCUGUGUUGGUGCCCCGCCACACAGAGAUCCCGGCCGAGUUCCCCCCGCUGGAUGACUACAGCCAUUCCAUCCCCGAAAACACUAACUUCCCUGCCGGCAUCGAGCCCCAGAGCAAUAUUCCAGAAACCCCACCCCCAGGCUACCUGAGUGAAGAUGGAGAGACCAGUGACCACCAGAUGAACCACAGCAUGGAUGCAGGUUCUCCAAACCUCUCCCCGAAUCCGAUGUCCCCAACACACAAUAACUUGGACCUGCAGCCCGUCACCUACUGCGAGCCGGCCUUCUGGUGCUCCAUCUCCUACUACGAGCUCAACCAGCGCGUUGGGGAGACAUUCCAUGCCUCCCAGCCGUCCAUGACGGUGGAUGGCUUCACCGACCCCUCCAACUCGGAGCGCUUCUGCCUGGGGCUGCUCUCCAACGUCAACCGGAACGCGGCUGUGGAGCUGACACGGAGGCAUAUCGGGCGGGGCGUGCGGCUGUACUACAUUGGAGGGGAAGUCUUCGCAGAAUGCCUCAGUGACAGUGCCAUCUUUGUGCAGUCUCCCAACUGUAACCAGCGCUAUGGCUGGCACCCAGCCACCGUCUGCAAGAUUCCACCAGGAUGCAACCUGAAGAUCUUCAACAACCAGGAGUUUGCCGCCCUCUUGGCUCAGUCUGUCAACCAGGGCUUCGAGGCCGUGUACCAGCUGACCCGCAUGUGCACCAUUCGCAUGAGCUUUGUCAAAGGCUGGGGAGCCGAGUACAGGAGACAAACUGUGACCAGCACCCCCUGCUGGAUUGAGCUGCACCUGAAUGGACCCUUGCAGUGGCUUGACAAGGUCCUCACCCAGAUGGGCUCCCCUAGCAUCCGCUGCUCCAGCGUGUCUUAGGGACACUGCGAGCGAAGGGGGAGGGUAGGGAGGGUGGAUUUGGGGAAGAGGGCCAUGUAGGAGGUGGAGAAAUCAGAACUCAACUCACUGGUGUCAAAAGAAGAAAUUUUUCUCCCUCAACUAAAGUGGCAUCAGCCUGUUUUCCAAAACACAAAAGCAAACCCAGAGGUGGAUUUCUGUGAACAGCUGUCUGAACACGGUGGCCCUUCGGCCCUGGUAUGAAGGGUAAGAAAUGGCUUCUGCUCUGGUGGCGUGAGCAAACAGGUAGUGUUUCACCACCUGCCCCUCCCCGGGUCCCCUUCUUUCUUAAAGACAGCAAACUGAGAUGUCAGUGCCCAACAGGAACUGGCCCCCUGGUUAGGACUGGAGUGUGGACUUUGCCUUGGGUGCUCUGGGCAGGGAGAAGCCUGCAGGGGUCUGAGCACACCACGGGCCCAGCCCUCCCCUUCCACUGAAUAUUCCCAAACCCCAGCAGGAGCAGACCAUGUACCUGGGUGCUGAAUUGACUUGCGGCGGGGAAGGGGCUCGUCUGUCUCCACCUCUCUGAGCCUACUGAUUGUGUCUAGAAUCGAGCACAUAGGGACCGGUGGCAAGAGGUGGUGAGACACCUCUUCUUUAAAAAUGAUCUUCAAUUUGCCCUCAUUUUCAGCAGUUGGCAGGAUCUGUUGAGGCUCAGCACAUAUGCGACAUACAGUUUGUAUCAUCAUGCUAAUCUCAAGAGAGAUCCGAAUCAGGGGAAGUGUUCCCAGGAGGUAGUUGUCCACGAGGUGUGCAAGGGUGUCCGGUCACCUGUAAGAGCUCGCUCCGCUCUCUCAUGCAUUUGGCUAUAUUGGUUGGUAUAGUCAGUUGCGUUCAUUAAAUGAACGGUAUCGUAUGCUCUUUUAAACAUGUGAUUUUUUAAAAAAAAAACAAACACCCUGGUUGACACACUGACUGGAAACCAGAGUGGGGCCCAGCGACUUCUCUCCCGAAGUGAAGCUUUUCCCAGGUUUUGUUAAGAAGACACCUGCCAGUACUUUUGGAAGCUGAAAUUGACAAAAGCAAAUUCACCAAGAGGGAAAGAUCUCAGGCCAACAAAGAAAUAAAAGGGCUAUUAAAAAAAAAAUUAUUUUUACCCCUUUGAAAACUGCAGAAUUGGUGCCAAGAGGCCUGUCAUCUUUCCCUGAGGUAUGAGAUUAUCUAGCUCACGGCAGAGGACCGGCAGUGACAACCCUAGCAGUUAGAGUGUGUAGUAAGUGUUGCUCCGGGGGCCAUUAGUGAGGAAACGACUAUAGAGUAUUUCAACUGGAAAAAAAAAGAGCCCCCUUAUACUGACCUUUUGCAGAAUGCAGCAGAUGGAAUUGUCACUUGCAAUUGGUACUUUAUUCUUUGCUGCUGUUUUUUGUAUGAAAUGAGUUAUCCCAUAUUUUUUGCAUGGUUUUCUACCAGGAAAAAUAAAGGGAUUUCCUAUGGAAGUCCUGUAUUAUUCCAGGUGAAGGGAAGAAAGUUGUGUACUUUUGGCAGGUAUAAACCUCAAAUGUGAUGACAUUUUGUGAUGCUGUGUGGAGACACUGGGUGCUUCCUGGUGCCUUGCUCGCAGGACCCUAGGCCUCAGAAGCUCCAGCCCCGAAGUCCAGGUAGGAGGGCUGCUCACCAUGCCUCCAGAGGACACAGCAGCAGACAGGAGUGCCUUGCCAGACCUGGACUAGUCUUCAUACAGGGCUGUUGUCAGAGUCCAGAGACACCACAUAGCCCCUCACUCCACCUGAGGCCAGAGGCUGUGGGUCUGAAGUUUCUGCCUGGUGUGAAAUGAUCGUGGACUGCUUCUUACAGAUAAAAGAAAUCAUCUGAACCUCCUGGAUGUGUGUUUCUGCUCCCGGUCAGGCCUGAGACUGGUGGUAUGGCUUCCAACUUCAGUUUGGCCUAGGCUGGAGCCGUCGUGGUGCGCCUACUAAAAGCCACGGGGAGCCGUCUCCAGGGGCCCGUCCUCUCCUGUGAGCACUCCCUACGGCACAGAGCUGUCCUCCAGGUACUUGGGAGCUGGCUUCAGGUACAGCCCAAUUUGGGUGAUCUGGUUGGUCAUGUCUGGCUGCAUCUGGAUGGCAUCUUAGAACCCACAAUGCUGAAAGCUAAAGAAUCCUUGUAGGAGGCAUGGAGUUUUUGUGUUUUUUCCCUAAAGCUACUUACUUGGCCUUUUUUCUUUAUAACUAUACUGCUGAAGGAAGAUGGGUGAGGAAAAAGUGGGUAAAACCACGUUCAGCACCCUUCAAAAGAAAAUUUGGUUGUACCUAGAGGUUAGGAUCUGGUUUCAUUCCCAUCAUAGAGGCUGCGUAAGUGGCUUUGAGGCAUGUGUAAUAUUAGUGUCCUACAAGUCAUAAAAAGUAGUUUUAAAACCCUAUUGCAUAAAGGCAUUUAUACACUGAAAGACAGGCCAGGUGAAGGGGCAGGAGGAGGGCGGCUCUCGGGCUGAUGGCAGCUGCUGGAGGUGCUUUUGGUGCCACUGUCCAGGCUGCAGGACACGCCUGCUCCCGGCCCGGCUCCCCGCCAGGCCACCUUCACCUUGCGGCUUGUGGCGAUGCUGACCCGGGUGUAGCUACGGCGCAGGGGCCCUAGAUCCUGGCCUCGGCACCUCCCCUGGGAGCCAGCUUCUGUUCCCUUUCCUCUCCUCCCACACCCUCCCCACUCCUAACUUUAUUUAGUACUGGGAGCCUUCCAGCACAAGUAGGUAGCCGCCCUGGCAGUUCGGGUUACAGGCCUGUGCUGGCGCGUCAUCUCCGCUGGCCACCUUCCUGGCAGGCUGCAGACCUGACAUUUUGAGACAAACCUAGAGUCAGGAGCGGGGACUUGGACUCUUAGGAGGAACAGACAGGAGGGCAAGGCUGCUGGCAGACUCUUCCACUGUCCUUAUGUUGUCGGUGAGGUUUUUUUUUUGAAUCGUCCGUGGUGAUUAUUUUUUUAAAUCAUUGUUAACGUAUUGGAAUGAGCUGUAGCACAUAUCUUGUGCUUCAGUUUGUUUUUCUCCAUCUCCCUCUGGCUUCCUGGAGUUUGGACAUAUUCCAGGGCUAAAUGCUUUUACUCAAACCGCAGAAAAAAGUUUUCUUGAAGUAAUGUGUGCAUGUCAUGCAUGCAUGCGAGUCAUUUGGGGAGAAGGCAGAGAUCUGAUUUCAUUUGCAGCCCCAAGCUGCCAUUUCUGAGGCUCUGAGGACCUCUGCGGGGCCAGAGCUCCCAUUAGGCCACUCUCUGUAGUCUGUAAGAGAAGGGAGGGACAGGAAUUGGCAUGCGCUCCUAGGACUGUUUAUCAAGGGGGUUACCAGUAGCGAGAGGGCGCAUGUUUGGUUCUGAACCCUGUAUCUCACUGUGACUUCAAGUGGCAGAGUUGGGAGUUUUCUCCCUAAUCUACAUCUUUGCUAGAAAACCUCAACACAGUCAAGUUGUGUCACUCUGGUGUGGUAUAGAUGUUCCCUUCUAGAACCUUCCUCAACUAACAGUCUUUGAGGAGUAUCAGCCACUUCUCAAGUGGGUAGGAAAGCAGAAAAAUGUAUGGAUCAAAACUGAAGAGCCCUCUCUGAUGGGAGAGAGGGGAGAUGACUUGCUAUACAAGCAACCUUUCAGAAACACGGCUAUCACAAAGAAAAACUCAUGUAUUGUGUAAACUGGAUUGAGAAAUUCUCUCAAGUGAUCCUGUAAUUUUUUUUUAUGCUGAAGUAAUGUACACUCGAGCAUUCUGGUGUUUUUAUAUUUAUGUAAUAAUUUCUUAAAACCAAGACAGAUAACUAUUUAAUUUUGGAAGAAAGUUGGAAAUGGCUCUCCUCCCGAGGACAGUGGCUUGGCCCCCAGAGCCACCAACCCAGGCUGGCUCCCUGUGUGGCAGCAUGUGAACACAGGCAGCUAGCUCAGGCCAACGCAGGCCCGUCCACAGGGGCCUCUGAACCCAGCCCCUCCCUUCCCAGGGGCGAGAACUGUACAGAGGGCUGGAGCCACCUGCCCCAGGAAGCCUUCAUCCACCUUCAGUGCUGCUGUUGCAACUAGGCUGUCCUGGGCGGGACUCCUGCUUGGGUGGGACGAGAACGGAGGAUGCUGAUUACCUUCCCUUCUCAGCCAGCCUGACCUUUUAAUACCCUUUGUAAAAAGCAUGUAUGUAUUUAUAGUGUUUUAGAUUUUUCUAACUUUUGUAUCUUAAGAGCUGAGCACCUGUUUAAGCAUUGUACCCCUAUUGUUAAAUGUGUCCUCUCUCCUCUCUUCCUCCUGUAAGUGCCCUUCUAAUAAAACUCUUCAUUGAAAAGCA